AUGGGUGGGACUCCCUCGAAAACCGAACCUCCGAUAGUGGUUACCUCUAAAGUCCCUCUAUUCUGCCUAAAAAAACUGGGCCCUCGCCAUAUUUUAGUUGCAGGUGGAGGAGGCGAGUCGAAAACUGGCGUAUUAAAUCUUAUGCAGACUUAUCUCUUGACAUAUGAAAGGAAAACUGCUAGAAACGCGCCAACUCCAAUGUUGGCGAAACUGGUUAAUACGAUAGAGACCGAUGUUUAUGCUACAAUGAAUAUGGAUGUUGUUUGUUGUGCUAAUCCCGAAAAAGGUCGGUAUCUUAUAGCGGCCGGUCAUGGACAGUAUUGUGAUGUUUACGAAACGACGGGUUACGAUAUUGCAAAGGAUGAUGCCGAUAAUGACGUUCUUUCGUUCGAUAUUCGUAGUGUUGGCCGAUUGACGACGUCAGAGAAGAUUGAAUCAUUCCAAAAAUGUGUUAGAUUUGAUCGAUCCACUGCCGGUAAACGGGUAGUAACGGGAGGAGAAGACGGACAUCUUCGUGUUUGGAACACUCAAGCCCUUGUCGAGGACAGGAAUCCUGAAACCACUCAUGUUCCUACUGUCGACAUCAAAGCGCACGAUUCCGACGUAUUCGACAUUGAUAUUUCACCAGAUGGUCGAAUAAUAAUUUCUGUUGGUCACGAUGGUGUCGCCAAAUUAUGGGAUAUGAAUAUUGGAACUAUUAUCAAGGAGAUUCCAUUCCCUUCCGAGUGUGAUAAGGGUUAUAAGACCCGAUCCGUUAGGUGCACUUCACUUGGAACUGGUAGCAAUUUAGUAUUCAUUGCUGGAUACAAUCCUGUUUCUCUAAGCUCGAAAAGGGUCUCAUUCUUAGCGUUGUGGGUUUUUAAUCGAGAACGAAAUACUAUUCGUACUAUUGUUGUGAGGAGUACUGGACAGGGAGACGGCAUAGCAUCUCUUUGUGUCAGCCCUUGCGGAAACUUCACGGGUAUGGGUUCAAUGGGAGGAAGUGUGUUUAUUUAUGAUACACAUGAAAUGAAGCAACUUGCAGCCUUUAAGGAAACGCACGGGAUUUUUGUAACGGCGGUAGAAUUUCUCGACCGAACCGCUCCAGAUGUGUUGUCGUUGAUACCACAGAAGAACUUAGAUAAGCCCCGUCUUAUUCAGGGACCAGCAUCAAUCGCUCGUGCUUCCAUUAUUUCUCUUAGUGCAGAUCAAACUAUUCAGGUACAUAAUCUACCGUUUGUGAAACACUCAACCACGUCGUUCCUGAUCAAAUUAAUCUUGCUCUCAAUGAUCGUUCACUAUUUGAAAAACCGUAAACGUCGGCUUGACACCCUUCUAAUAUGCAAUAAAACCAAUGUUUCGUGA